AUGUCCAAGAUUAACCAUGUUACGCCGGAGGAGCAACAGAGGCUGCUUAGCAAUUCUAUGUCUAUCAUUAAGACGGAGAUUCAUCAAAUGAGGAAAUGUCUUGAAACAAAACAUAAAUUUAUGGACUCUUUAAAACAUGCAUCUAAUUUUCUAAAUGAGCUGAGAACGAGCAGUUUGAAUCCUAAACAAUAUUAUGAGCUAUACAUAAUGGUCCAUGAUGGACUGACAUAUCUGGCAAACUAUUUGAAGGAUAACAAAUCAAGCUCUAACAACUACUUGAUAGAUUUAUACGAGUUAGUCCAAUAUGCUGGUAAUAUCAUACCUAGAUUAUACUUGAUGAUAACAAUCGGUAGUGUAUAUAUGGAGUCGGAGGAUGCCCCUGUCAACGAAAUUUUGAAUGAUAUGUUGGAAAUGUGCAAAGGUGUUCAAAAUCCGAUCAGAGGCUUAUUUUUGCGUUAUUAUCUUAUCCAAAAGACAAAAUAUUUUAUUAUAAAAUAUGCUGGUCCUGAAAACCUAGACAAGAUGAUUAGUUAUAUUAUUACUAACUUUAUUGAAAUGAACAAGUUAUGGGUGAGACAACAACAUCAAGGACAUUCAAGCGAGAGGGCCAGAAGAAUAGAAGAAAGGAACGAACUGAAAAUUUUAGUUGGUUCCAACUUGGUGAUUUUGUCACAGUUAGAUUCAAUUAAUGUCGAUAUUUACAAGGAAAAAAUUCUACCUGAAAUUUUACAACAAAUUAUCAAGUGUAAUGACUCGAUUGCUCAAAACUAUUUAUUGGAUGUUAUAAUCCAGAUUUUCCCUGAUAACUUUCAAAUUGCAAGUCUAAAUCUGUUUUUGGAAUCACUCUUAAAGGUCAAUACAAAUGUUAACAUAACGAUGUUGAUUAAUUCAUUGAUUGAGAGAUUGCUGCACUAUAAAUUAAGAAACCAAGAGGUGUUGAAGGAUAGCUCCUUUUUAAAUGAAUUCAUACUAUUUAUUGAAAAGUUGAAUGGAAAAUAUCCAAACUUUAAUAUUAAUGACUAUUGUUUGAUAUUGAAUAAUGUCUUGAAACUCUCUUUAACCUUUCAAAACGAAGAUGUUUUAAGUUAUAUGGAUUCAAUUUACAAAUCAUCGAUUGAUAAAUUUAAUUCAAUGAAGGAUAAUGAAGAUUCGUCAAUCGAUGAUUUCAAAAUUAUACUCAAAUCAAUAGAGCACUUAAGUGACUUUAAUGAUUUCUUCAAGAUCAACGAUGAAAGUUAUUUUAAUUUGUUCAAGUUACAAAAGCCAAAUAUUCAAAAUGAAAUUUGUGUUAAUAUUUUGGAUAUACUUGUUGAUAACGAAAUCAAGAUCAGUAAUAGACAGGAUUUAGAAAAGAUAUUCAAAUAUAUUCGCAUAUCAAUACUAUCAUAUAAGAAAUAUGUCCCAGCUAUAACAGAUACUAAAAAAGAUUUGUUUGGAAAGCCUUUCUCAACAGAGGAAGAUCCAACAAAUUAUGAGCCAUUAUGUCGAUUCCUACAUUUUAUUGACAAUGAAUCGAUCGAAGAAAAAUAUUCCUUAUUGGAGGAGUGUGAGAAAUACCUCCUCGAGGGUAAUCCGGAGAAAACUAUAUCAACCCUUGUCUCUAUUCAAAUUUCACUCAUCAGAAAAAUGGAUAUCGAGAAGCUUGGUAAAAAAGAACUAAGUAAAAAAUUUAAUAAAUUGUCACAGUCAAUCAGUUUUUUAAAAGAAUACAACCCACUCAAAGCUUUCAACUUGUACCUCUAUUGCGCAACCACUUCGAACCUUUGUAAACUGAACAAUAUAAGCUAUGAAUUAUUUAUUGAAGCGUUCAUCGUAUAUGAAGAGUAUGUUGUUGAUUCUAAAACACAAAUGCAUUGUUUGACAAAUAUAAUAAACAAGUUGAUCACGAUGGACCAGAUGAUCAUUUUUGAUGCUGAAGAGUUUGAUAAGUUAAUCACCAAAACUGCUUUAUACGGCAGCAGGUUAAUGAAAAAAACCGACCAAUGUCGUGCUAUCUAUAAUUCGUCCCACCUCUGGUGGAUUAUAAAAGAAGAGCCCGAAAAGGAGGAAGAGGACGAAGAAGUGGAUGCGGAGGACUUUGAAGAAACACAAAGUGGCAAGCGCAAACACGUAGAAGAUACUGGAAUAAAUAACAGUGAUGAUGAGGAACCAAGUUUGCAAGUUACGUUGAAAAGAGAUGAUAAGAGAGUUUUGGAAUGCUUACAGAAAUCUUUGCGUAUAGCUGAUUCCAUUAUGGAUUCGAAUGCCAGUAUCGAACUUUUUGUGGAGAUUCUCAACCAGUCUAUAUACUACUUUAUUCACGGCAACGAAAUGAUUAAUGUUCGGUAUUUGAACGGACUUAUUGAACUCAUUGGGAACAAUUUCAAAGAGGUGAACAGCUUAGGGAAGGCUUCAUUAGAGGAUGGUCCGUACAAGAAGACGUGGGGUCAUUACCAACGUACGUUAAAGUACAUCAAAGAGCAACGUGCUGUUGAUGGACGCUUUCAUGAAAUUGCCAUUUAA